AGCGCAUCCGCGGGGAGCUAGAGGCGUAUGUGGAUGGCCUGAAGGAGAGUGGGCGGGGCAACGAGCCGACUUACUUGGGUUUGCUGGAGAGUCUGGGUCGACUUCAUGAGGCCCUGUCCGAGCGGAAGGAAAGCAUGAUCACGCUUAACAUCGAUGGAUUGUCGGCGCCGACGCAAGCUGGCGUCGUGGGUGCCCAAGCUUCGAGCGCGCAGAUUCCUGUUGACCCUCAGCUGGAGGAUAUCUGGAAGUCGACGCAAUCCGGUUCGGCUUCUGACAAGCGGAGCGGCCUUCAGCGUCCAUCUGGUAAGGAGAAUCAUGGUGCGGGUACCUCUGCCCCGAUGGCUGUUUCCCAUGUCGGGGCCUCAAAAGACGAUAUGGCCAUGGACGUGUGCGGUUCCGACUCCGACGUGGAGAUAGUUGACUCCGUCCAGGCGGCUCAAAAGCGCCGUCGUGCACUGGAAGAUCUCUCGGACAAUGGUCGCAGACGGAAUCCAGGCCGUCGAGCCGCGCCACGCGUCCGCGGACGCUAUGUAGAGCCACCGAUGGAUGGAUGACUCCCUAGAGUCGAGAACGGCGUACUAAGAGAGCGUCCUUGUUUUCGGCUUCCUACAGUUCCGUUCGGGUUCGCUGUGUAGUAGCGUCUUUCCUGGGUGUGUGUAGUCCUUCAUCGGUUGAGAAGUGUAAUCUCGUAGCAAAACUGUCCCGAUGUG